GUAGAUCAUUCAUAUGAACCGAGUGUCGUCAGUAUACAAUCAAAUCCUCCGCCAUACGAACUCUAUCCGCCUGCUAAAACCAUAUUUGGAAGAGCUUACAAUUGGCUAAGGCAAAUCCCACAAUGGAAUACGCACCAACCCAUUUAUUUACCAACCAUUCAUAGAAGUAUGACAUCCAUGACAUCUACAUCCUCGAGUGAUUCGAUCACUUGCUGGAACUUUUAUUACUACUAUAUAAGAGACUGUUUCAGCGAACGGCCUCGUAUCAUUUUACCAACACCCAUUGCUAGGCAUCGAAUGGCACUCAUUCUUCUGUCAGCUUCAGCUAUGCUCACUUUCAGUUUCUUAUUAUUUUGCUCUGUCUUCUUUUCACCGCUUACUUCUUAUCCAGACCCUGUCUACCCUGACAAAGUCACCAACUCGACCGCUCGCUUCCUUACACUGAAUAUAUUUAUGCGACCUCCUCUCAUUAAAAACAAUUGGUCUGAUUAUAAAGACGAUCGUCUCGCCUACAUUGAAAAGUACGUACUACCCAACUACGACAUAAUAUGUUUCCAAGAAGCAUUCGCCUUUGCUUCACGAAGGAAAGACCAUCUCAUUUCCACUGCUCGCAAACUAGGCUACAAUUAUCAUAUAGAAUCACCUCGUAAAUAUCCUUGGGACAUAGGUGUUGACGGAGGCCUGUUGAUCAUUUCAAAGUUUCCUAUCCGCCAAUCGAACGUGAUCGAAUAUCCACGAGGACAACACAGCGAUUGGAUAUCCAUCAAGGGUGCACUUCAUGCGUUGAUCGAACUUAAUCCAUCGAAGCAUGUUCAUUUGUACACAACGCAUACGCAAGCAUCCUAUGAUCUAAAUAAUGUCAUCAAUCAGGAUGAUACAGCCAUACGGCUUUCCCAAUUUGCCCUUUUGCACAAUUUCAUUUACGAAACUGCCCACCAAAAUAAACAGCUAUUGCCAAGCAAUCAACAAGCACCAUUAUUAACCAUGUCUUCUCCUACCACAGUAAAAGAAGAAGCCAAUAGUGAAAUGGAUAAUAUUCCUAUUAUGGUCGUAGGUGAUUUGAACGUAGAUGCUGCCACGCAUCCGAAGGAACGACCCAUUACGGAGCCUUCAAGAGAUAGUUCACCUGAAUACUUGAAAAUGGUGGAUGUUAUCAAAGGUAUGAACGAUUUGACAGAUGUCGUCUAUCAGAAAUUUGGAUAUCAUCCUGUUACCUUUGGAGAUUAUACUUUGGACCUACAAGGACAUAUCAUGCCAGCAGAAACAGUAUUGACGAAUUGGGAUCAAUUAUUAACUGUACAAAGUAUUGAUCGAAUGUUUUGGUCGGAUCAGAAUACCCAUUCGAUGAAACUGGAUCAGCCUCAAGUAGAAAAGUUUUGGGUGAAAGAGAAUUCGCUCAUGACAGAUGAGGAAAAGGAACAGACUGGAUUUACUCAAAUAUCAGGUAGG